AUGAGCAAGUUGGAUAGUAUUGGUCUCAGAAAGUUGGAGUGCUCACUGGGGCGCAGGGGUAUUGACAGUGUAGUGAGGUCUGCAUGGAUGAAACAGGUCCAAGGUUCGUGGGCCGCCCAAAGAUUACGAGGAAAGCUCUUGAAUGUCAAAAUUGCUCUAAAGAAGUGGAACAUUGAGGUGUUUGGUAAUGUGGAUACCAAGAUAAAAAAGGGAAGCCAGCGUCGUAACCAGAUUAUUGCUUUGAAGAUGGGUGAGCGUAUGGUAGAGGAGGUUUAUGAGAUUAAGGAAAAUGCAAUGUUGGUUGGUGACUUUACAGAGGAGGAGGUGUGGUGUUUGAUUAGAGAGAGUGAUGGCGAUAAAAGCCCAGGACUUGAUGGUUUUAAUUUUGCUUUUUUGAAGAGAUUUUGGCCUCUUAUGAAGAGGGAUGUGAUGGAUUUGCUUGUUGAGUUUCAUACUAACUUGAAGGUCCUAAAGGCUCUUUUGUCUUAUUUUGUGGCUUUGGUCCCCAAGGUUUCCUGCCCUCAAGUUGCUGCCGAGGCCAUUGAUUAUGCUCAAAAAUAUAAGAAGUCGAUUUUUGUUAUGAAGAUUGAUUAUGAGAAGGCAUAUGACUCUGUUGAAUGGGACUAUUUGUUGUUCAUGCUUCGAGGGUGCGGUUUUGAUGAGAGAUGGGUCCGGUGGAUGGAAGGUUGUGUAUAUGGGGGUACUCUAUCAGCCCUUGUGAAUGGGAGUCCUACCGCGGAAGUGGGUCAACUACCAUUUAAGCAUUUGGGCUUACCUCUUGGUGCAAAUCCUAGGAAGUUGUCUACUUGGAAACCAAUACUUGAUGGCUUACGAAAGCGUCUAUCCUCUUGGAAGCAUAGGCAUUUGUCUAUUGGGCGGAGGGUGACCUUAAUUAAUUCAGUUCUGAAUGUUAUGCCCAUCCAUUUUUUGUCAUUUUAUAAAGCACCGAACUCAGUGAUUAAGGAAAAUGUGGCCAUUCAACGUGAUUUCUUGUGGAGAGGUGUCAAGGAUGGCUCAAAGAUUCCUUGGGUAAAAUGGGAAAUGGUGUGUAAGUCUAAGGUUGAGGGUGGACUAGGAAUCAAAGAUGUAAGAUUGUUCAAUUGGGCACUACUAGGAAAAUGGGUGUGGAAGAACAUGCUUUCUCUGGGGAUGUUGUGGGCUAAAGUUCUUCAUAGUAGGUAUGAGCGCAUUGAGUCCUUUUCUAAUUGCUCUGAUGUGGAUAGGAGGGCUUCUUGGUGGUGGAAGGAUAUAGUGUGUGUGCUAUAA